GUGAGUUUGCAGCCUGCUAAUGUCAUGGACCUGUUCACUACCAGUCUGGCCCUGGCUGGCGUCGACCCUCCUGGUGACCGGAUCCUGGAUGGGCUGGAUCUGACGCCGGUCUUGUUAAACUCCUCUGAGGAAUUUGAAAACAGACCUACUUUUUACUAUCGUGGGAAUGAGCUGAUGGCUGUGAGGGUUGGUCAGUACAAGGCACACUACUGGACCUGGAGCAACUCAUGGGAGGAGUUUAAAAGUGGUAUAAAUUUCUGUCCAGGUGAAGAGGUCCCGGGUGUGACGACUCAUAACCAGACAGAGCACACCAUGCAGCCGCUCAUUUUCCACCUGGGGCGGGAUCCUGGAGAGAAGUUCCCACUCAGUGUUUUGUCUAAGGAGUACCAGCACACUCUGCAGAUGAUUUCUCCGGUUGUUCAGCAGCAUCUGAAGACUCUGGUUCCCGGUGRGCCUCAGCUCAACAUGUGUGACCUGGCGGUGAUGAACUGGGCUCCUGCUGGUUGUGAGAAGUUAGGAAAGUGCCUGAAUCCACCCGAGUCCAAACCCUGGAAGUGCUCCUGGCCACACUGAGGACAAACCCAGAGGGUCUGAUGAAGAACUGAGACCUCACAGCAGAACGACAACUGAUCCUUUUAUAUCAGAGCAAUUAAAAACAUGAUUUUAUACAGUAUUAAGGAAAGAAUAUGGGUGCAAAUCAGGGCAAAUUAGGUUUAAUGAAGAUAAAUAAACAUAAUAUGAAGGUAGGGGGCUGAAUCAUGAACUGAUGUAAUGAUGGAGGGCAAAAAGGGAAGUGUAUUUAUUUAUACUGGUUGUACUGGAAGAUCAGGUUUUAAACAGAUAAAUGAUUUUUUUAUGAUGCUUAAAGCUUCAUGUUUGUCUGAAGUUACAUUUUCCUCUUAGUGAUUCAUGAUUGACUAGCUGGAAGCUACUUUGUACCAACUUUAAAAAGGGCUUGUUUUAUAUUCAUUUUUCAAAAUAAAAUGCAAGUACAAAU